GCUCUAUAAAAACAGAUACUGAGCCUACAACAACCACUUAAAUUUUUGUUUGUCACUCUCAGAUUAAACGUUGUAAAAGAUGGUACUCAAACUUUAUUUUGAUUUUUUAUCACAACCAUCCAGAGCGAUAUACAUUAUUCUAAAAGGAAAUAAUAUUCCUUUUGAACCGGUUGAAGUGCUGAUCGGUCAAGGUCAGCAUUUAACCGAAAAAUUCGCCAAAUUAAAUAAAUCAAAAAAAGUUCCAGCUAUUUCCGACGACGAUUUCAAUUUAAGCGAGAGCAUCGCUAUUUUAAGAUAUUUAUCUCGAACCAGACAAUUACCAACAAAUUGGUACUCAGACGAUCCUCAAGCCCAAGCAAGAAUCGACGAAUAUUUAGAAUGGCAACAUUUAAACACACGAUUAUUUUGCGCAACUUAUUUCCAAAAAGCUUUCUUAUUUCCUAAAUUGUUUGGAAAGGAAGUUCCACGAAAUCGUUUAGAAGCGUUAGAAGGGAACGUUGAGAAAUGUUUGGGUGAAAUUGAAAGAUUAUGGUUAACCCCUGGUCCUUUUAUUAAUGGAGAUCAUCUUACAGCAGCUGAUAUUUGGGCUGCUUGUGAAAUCGAACAAUUAAGAAUGGCUGGAUUUGAUCCAACAAUGAAUCAUCAAAAAUUAAAGGAUUGGAUGCAAAGAGUUCAAAAAGAAGCGAGUCCUUAUUAUCAAGAAGCCCAUUCAAAACUUAACCAAUUUAUUAAAAAAGAAAUUGAUAUUUUUGGCGCUAAACUUUAAAUAAAACAACUUAAAUUACCUGUCAAUCAAAUUCUAUCAUGUGAGAAAUUCUAACUGUGUGAAACCAAGCACAAAUAAAUGACUGAUUGCAGAAACGCAA